AUGUCACAUCUGGAGUAUCAGGCUGCAAGUCGCCGCCUCCAGAACGAGCUCGAGGAUCACGGCGAAGAUCCUGAUGAUGAAGACCUCAUAACCCCACGCUACGAUGCCCGUGCAUGCGUGACCAUCACUUGCGAGACACCGUUCAACGACGGCCCCGAGUCCUUCGAGCUUAGGGUCACUCAGCAACCACUACAGCCAUUGAAAGUCGCCGCUCAAGCCACCACGCCGAGGCCGAAGUAUGAACCAAUGGUCACUAUUCCCAUGGGUCGUCCACUGCCGGCAGGAGCAAAGUUCAUGUUCACCGGCACCUUUGACACAACAUGUCGUACAGCAGCCACGCACGCCAUUGAGACCUACGGCGGCAUCGUCGAGAAGUCGUACGAUGUUGACUACGUCGUGGUUGGCAACAUGCCUGAUCAGAAGAUACUACGCACAUCUCUAGAGGCUUGA